AUGUCACUUUUGCCCACUUUAGACACGCCAUUCGGCAUCAAAUUGUGGCCUCUUUUUGACCAGGCUGUUGCCGCGGCAACCCAGGGCUCAUUUGUUCCUUCGAAAUUUGAAUUUAUACGCGGCGAAACCAUUUUGAGCACAUUUCCUCCAGUUGCCGGAGCCAUUGCUGGCUACUAUUUGGUGAUUUUCGGGGGUAAUUAUUUAUUCAAGAAGUUUGGAAUCAAGGGUUUUGUGCUCAAUGGGCUUUUUCAACUUCAUAAUUUGAUUUUGACAUCGUUGUCGUUGACGUUGUUGGUUUUGAUGGCUGAACAAUUAAUCCCCAUUAUUGGACAUCACGGACUUUUCUAUGCCAUUUGCCACCCUAACGCUUGGACUCAGCAGCUUGAAUGCUUGUACUUUCUCAAUUAUUUGACCAAAUUCACCGAGUUUAUUGACACGGUUUUCUUGGUGGUCAAGCAAAAAAGAUUGACAUUUUUGCACACCUACCACCACGGAGCCACCGCGUUGUUGUGUUUCACUCAGUUGAUUGGAAAGACUCCUAUCUCGUGGGUACCAAUCACCCUCAACUUGGGAGUUCACGUGGUGAUGUAUUGGUACUACUUUUUGGCAGCUCGUGGAAUUCGCGUUUGGUGGAAAGAAUGGGUUACACGGUUCCAAAUCAUCCAGUUUGUUUUGGACUUGGGUUUCGUUUACUUUGCCACCUACCAGAAGCUCGUGCACACUUAUUUGCCUAAGGGACAAAAAUUCUUGCCCACUUGUGGUGAUUGUGCUGGUUCCAUGUUGGCAGCGUAUUCUGGAUGCGCCAUCUUAUCUUCGUAUUUGGUGUUGUUUAUUGCGUUCUACAUCGAUGUCUACCGUAAGAAGGACUCGAGAAGAUCCAAGAGAGUCAAGUCGGUGUCGGGAGGCUACGCCGCCCAGGUCAACACCUAUGUCUACACCACCGGAAGAGACUCUCCUACCCCACAGCCAGAAGCCAAUCUCAAGUCCAGAAAGGCUUAA